UGAAAUCAAGUGUAGAGUGAAAUCAAAGCCAGAAGCUUAACCACAGUGCAGCAAAGAGUGUGGACUGUGGAGCCCUGACAUCAGAGAGAGAAGAGGGAGGCAUUGGUUUGAAGCUGAGAGGAAAUGGUGAACUACUUGUUGAUGAUCACCGCGGAGCUGGAGAAUCUUACCGACCUUCAGCCCCAAGGUGGCUGUGAUGAUCCAAACUUCAACUACUUCUUCAAGUUGAAAUGUGGAAAUUGUGGAGAGGUUACCCAGAAAGAGACUUGGGUGAUGUUAAAUGAAACAGUUCCUCUACCGAAGGGCAAGGGUACAACUAAUCUUGUCCAAAAGUGUAAGCUCUGUGGGAGGGAGGGAACUGUGACUAUGAUCAAGGGCCAAGGCCAUCCCCUGACUCAGACACAUGGUCAAACAGAGAAGUAUGCCCCUCUGAUGUUGUUUGACUGCAGAGGUUAUGAGCCUGUGGAUUUUGUGUUUCGCGAAGGUUGGAAAGCGGAAUCUAUUGCAGGAACAAAAUUUGACGGCAUUGACUUAUCGGGAAACGAAUACGCUGAAUAUGAUGAGAAGGGAGAGUGCCCAGUCAUGAUUUCCAAUCUCCGUGCCACUUUCAAUGUAGCGAAGUAGUGUUAUUCUGGUUACAUCUAACUGGUAUAUAAUAGGGGAACUGGGCAGACUUAUUAGUUCUUGCAAUCAAUGUUAAAAAGAUUGAUUGCAUUAUGUUGCGGUUGGAAAAAUUUCUUGCAGCAUGUUAAACUGUAAUUAUUUUGUCUUGAUAUUAGUAAUGACUUUUAGCCAGACUUAAAAUGCUUUUCAUGGACUAUUUUGUGACAAUUUAAGGAUCUUCUACUGUAUUGAAAUC